GGGGCUGAUGCAGUGCUAAGGAUUAUUUUCCUCCCCUUCGAAGGCAGCAGAACUGGACGCCUGUGAGUGAAGGCCGGCCUCAGCUGUGCAGAGAGCCUCGGGAGACCUCCCAAGCCCAGGGUGUAUUCAGAUGGAGCCUAGAAGUCGACUUAAAAAACACAAGAACAAAUGCUUUAACUUGCUUUUGUUAGGGUACAUGGCUCUAAUGGGCAUCUCUGUCCUGCUGGGGCUUUCCAGCCUGGAGGCAGGUGAUUAUCGGCUGGCAGAUCGUCUGAGCAACGACCGCGAGGACCGGUUUCCUGCAGGGGGGCGCUCCCCGCCGGCCAGGCAGGCCCAAUGGGUUUGGAGAGCGGCAGGGGAGCGGGACGGCCACCUCCCGUCGUUGCUCCGCAGGAAAAGAGAAGCCAGCGGGAAGCUGUCCGGUCCGAUCGCCAAGGCCACCGCCUCCACCACGCCCCUCAAAAUGGCUUUUUCUACUACAGCGGGGAGCCCCUCUACUGAAGCAGACGGCCCGGCUCCCGAGCUACUAAAGUGUCCCCACUGUGACAGCGCCACCAAGGCGUCCUCUGUUACUGGGCCCCAAAAGGUCUCCAUAGGAGGCACCGACGUGGUACGCACCGGGCCCCCUGUGACCUCGACGGUGGCCCCCGCGCUCCGGACCUCCACCCACGGCCCCGAGGAAGCAGAGACCACGCUUUCCGCCAGCACGGCGAGCCAGGCGAACGGCUCUGCGGCCGUGCUGGGGGAAAGCAAGGGGCAGAAGGAAACCGCAUCUGCUUUGCCACCUACCCCGCGGACAAGCACCUCGACCAUCUCCAUGGAGACUCCUGUGGAUGACGUGGACACUACUGAGCCGUCGGACCUCGUGACGGAGGCCACCCUUUCCACCGGCACGGCGAGCCAGGCGAACGGCUCUGCUGCCGCGCUGGGGGAAAAGAAGAGCAAGAAGGAGACCUCCACUUUGCCGCCCAGCUCUUGGGCAAACGUCUCCACGGAGGCUCCCGUGGACGACGCGGACACUACCGAGCCUCUGCGCCUCUCGACGGAGGGGAAGCCCAGCUCUUCCCACCCCACCUUCAGGGCAGGGGGGUUUGGCACGACACAGACCGCCUUGGAGAAGUCACGCAGCCCGACGGAGGAUCUGAUGGGGAAAUGCCUGCUGGGCAUCCUCAUCCUAGCCUUCGUCGCCGCCACCUUCAUCAUCUGCGCGACCGUCCUGGCCACCAUGCUGUGGCGCCAGAAGCACGCCUACCAGAGGCUGCGGCGCAGCAACACCGAGAUGGUGUGCAUCUCGUCCCUGCUGCCCGACGGCGAGCCGGGGGCCAACGGAGGGAGACCCGUCUCCGUGCGGAGGAUGAGGAGGUUCCCAGACACCGGCUCAGACACGGAAGGAGACAACCUGACGCUGAGCAGCUUCUUGCCGGACCAUUAGGGACGUAGCCGCCGGCUCGCAGUCCCGGAUGCUCAUCGCCGGGACUUGCCUGGAGGCCCUGGCAAUGCUUUCCUUGAAGCAGUGCCCUGGCUGGCCGCCCACUCGCCAGCCUAGAUGUCGUAGGGCUGCCCUGUGCGUUUGUGAGUACGGAGGGCACCGUCUCUAGCCAGGAUAGGACCCAGUUUGGCGAAGAGCCGAGCGUGCUCUGCUUGGCAGCCUGCAAGGUCGAAGCCUUCAGCAAUAAGCAUGUGCUAGGGACCAAAGGCGUUUGAGGACAGUGGAUCGCCCUCUGGCCUUUCCCUAACGCCGGGCUGGGGGGAUCCAGAGCCUCUUGCCCUGCGGGUGCAUCUUUGCAAAGAGCAGACCCCCCGCCGGUUCCCAUUAGCACGGCCCAUUGCACGCGUUUCCACCAGCUGGCGAUCUGGCUCUGAGUCUGGGCACUGCUUUAAUUUAUACUAGUGGACAGAGGAGACGGGACUGUUUCUGCUCCUUUCCUGAAAUGAAUGCCAUUAAACUCCACUCUC